GAGUCGACUUCCAACGUUUUAUUGGAAAAUGACCACUUAGGUUAAUUCUAUACUUGGAGAUAUUAGAAAAAUUGUAUUAUACAAAUAAAAAAGAAGCUAUUGUGCUGCGAUGCGUCAACGAAUCCAUUGUAUAUUCAAUUGUUAUUUUAUUAUACGAUUCUUACUCAUUAAAUUACAAACUCCAUCCACUUCAUACCGCCGUAUACAAAUUGCUCAAUGCGCAUGAUCAUCACGUCUGUAAUACAGUAUUAGAGGUAAAGACUACAUACCAGUACACUACAGUAAAAAAUUAUAUUUGUUGACUGGGCUGUUGCACUAAUAAGAUGCCAGGUCGCCUCAAAGUCAAAAUUUUAUCUGGUCGUCACUUGCCUGUUAUGGACAGGGCAUCUGAACUAACUGAUGCAUUUGUUGAGGUCAAAUUUGGCAAUACGACUUAUAAAACAGAUGUUUAUUUAAAGUCACUCAAUCCUUCUUGGAACUCAGAAUGGUUCAUUUUUGAGGUUGAUGAUGAGCAUUUGCAAGAUGAACCGCUACAGAUACGAGUGUUGGACCAUGAUACAUAUAGUUCUCAUGAUGCAAUAGGAAAGAUUUACAUUGAUAUUGAUCCACUGUUAGUUCCUGAUUCUCCAAAUUCUUUACAUGGAUGGUUUCCUAUAUAUGACACAAUGCAUGGUAUAAGAGGAGAGAUAUUGAUUUCUGUAAAAAUUGAACUAUUCGCUGACUUCAAUAGAUUUAAAAAAUCCUCAUGCGGAAUCAAGUUCAUAUGUGGUACUGUUAUUCCUGAAUGCUACAGAAUAUCAAUAAUACAGGGAUUUGUAGAAGAACUUGUCGUGAGUGAAGAUCCAGAAUAUCAAUGGAUUGAUAAACUUCGAACUCCUCGUGCAACUAAUGAAGCAAGACAAAGACUGUUUUCUCAAGUUUCUGGUGAAUUACAACGAAGAAUAGGAACAAAGGUUAUUGAUAUGGGUGGAAAUACUGUGGUUGGAUACCACCAACACUUUGAUAUAGAAGGAGAAUUUGGAGUCGUUGUUCGGGGGUUUGGCACUGCUGUCACUCUUGAAACUCAAUCCAGGUUAAAUCCACCACCUCUGCCAACCACUCCAACUUCAUUGUUGAGUUUUUCUCCUUCUACAACAAGUCCGUUAUCUGAUUCUCCAGUUAAGUUUUCUUUUCCACCCCGAUCUUCUUCACUUGACUCAGAUACAGGAGCUAAAAUUUCACCAAAUGCAUCUCAUCCUGGGCAGUCAUGGAAUACGACAAACAGUGCACGUGAAGCAUUGGAAAAUUUGGAAGCACCAUUUUUCACAUUGACAACAUAUCCACCAAAUUUCUUGAUCCACCUCGGAGGAGUUGUCAGUGCUCAUUCAGUAAAAUUGCUGGACAAAAUCCACAAUCCAGAUGCUCCUGAAACAAGAGAUGCAUGGUGGCAUGAAAUUCGACAAGAAAUCAUAAGCCAUUCAUCUGCACUUUCAUGUAAUGCUGUAGUUGGUUAUAGAGAGUACACAUCCAUAUGUGAUGAAUUGAUAGUGUUAUCAGCACAAGGUACUGCUGCAGUGAUCAAUCCUAAUCUUCUGGCAACUACACAGCAUGUGAACGAAACUUCCAUGAUAAAAGAAAAACUUGCUGCAUCAGGACCAUAUUCUGCAGCAAUUGUUCUUGAUACGUCUCAUCCACUUGAAAGAAUCAACACAAGGAAACGGCAUAAUUCUGGCAGUGGCGUUCCUUCCAGUGGAUUUCCUCAGUCAUUUACAAGUCCUUUAAAUCCCACUCAAUCUAAUGCUGGAUUGUUUCAAGUUCCAUACCAAAAUGAUGCUCCUUUUCCUAUUGCUAUAAAUCAUUCUCCACUAGAUACAAGUGUUCAGGUACCCGAAGUUCUAUUCACAACAAUAGAUAUUCCUACUGAUGUUCACAUUACUGGAAAAGGAACUAUAGUUCAGGCAAGGUUUUGCCGAAGUAAAAAGAAAUCACAAGGUGAAUCACAUGCGGCUGCUAUUGGUGAUAUUUUACCUUUCAUUGAAUAUGAACUUCAUAAACAACUGUACAAUAAACUUAAGUUAAAAGGAAUGAAUGCUUUGUUUGGUCUUCAAGUUCGAAUCAAGAUUGGAGAAAACAUAGUUAUUGGUGUAGCCACGGCAACAGCAUCUUAUGUAACUGCUCUUCCUCCUACAGAGAAACCAAAAUUGAAUUGCCAGAAUGUCAAACAUGGUUCGGCAGCCUUGGAAAAUGUUGAACAAUUAUUUCACGCAGAAGUGGAAAAGAAUAAAGAAUUUUUUGAUUUAACAUCAACUGACUCUAUCAUGUCAGGCAGAAUGGAAAAUCUUGAUUUAUUAAAUUCAUCUGCUGAAAGUAAACAGUCUCUACCCGUAUCGGUUGAAGACCCAGAUGAUGCAGAACAGUUACGAUCUAUGAUUGAUCCAUUACCUCCUCUGCAUUGUUAUAUGAGUAAUUGUCAACAUGUGCCUGGCUUACCUCAUGUCACCAACAACCUCCAGACAUUUUCAAUGUUAUGGAGAAUAAAGUAUCGUGAGGGUGCAGGCGAUCGAGCUCUAAAUCGAGGAUUGAAUUUUACAUGUCAGAGAGCAUUUAAUAGUAUUUGGUAUCGAUUAAGUCGACUCUCUCCUACCUUCUGUCUAUGUGGUGUCAGAUUUAAUUUACUCGUGCCAGAAGAUGAUGAGAUUCAUGUCUGGGUUUCAGCUUCAGCGGUUUCUUAUAAGCCUCCUAAAACUACAGACCCUGAAAUAUCUUAUAACAAAUCUACAAUUAUUGAAACUGUCGAUGGCACAAACGACCUUCAAUUUUACAUGGAAACAGACGAGAAGGACAAGAAUAUUGUGGGACAACAAAAUGAUGGAAACGCAACAGAAAGGCAUAAAAAUGUCGACACCAACUUGCACCAUGUACAUCGUGAUCCUUCACAGACGAACAGCGGAUCUAUUGAUAUAAAAUCGUCGGGACAAAACUCUCUAACGUCAUCUUCCGGAUCUUCAUCACCUCUUAGAUUAGAUAUAUUUAAAGCCGCUAAUCACGGAAAAGACAGCUCUAGUUUUGAUAAAAGUAACGUGUCGAGAUCUAGCAUGAAAAGUCGUCAUUCAAGCGAUGGUUCGUCAGUUGGAGGAAGUGCCAGUCGCCACAUUGAGAUUGUACCGAUGUGUUAUGUUCCUGGUCGUCGAAUACAACGUCAUAUUGGUUUUGUGAAUAUGUUUUUAAUUCGAGAAACUUCCGCCGUCAGAGGUGGUGAGGAACGAUUGCCUGGGACUGAAUUACAACGGGGUACCGGAUCGAAUUGGUUUGCGCACACAGUGUUUGCCGAGGUACAAGCAAUGUUGAGAGCCCACGUUUCGGCGUUAGGUGGCAAUGCCCUAACUUCUUACCGCAUUGAGCAAUGUACAUUAAGUGAGAGUGUCGCUAAAAACCAAGCUCAAUGCUUAAUUCAUGUGUGUGGUGAUGCGGUAGUUUGCACGCCAGCAAAUUUGAAUAAAAGUUGACGUUCGCUUCAUGAUUAAAUAUAAAUCCACUGUUUCUGCGUUUUCUUUUUGUUAUCAUUCUUCAAGAUUUGUCAAAACUUAUGGAGUUGUUAAAGAUGCAAUAUUAUUAUUUUUAUUAAAUCUAGCCUCUCAUCCUU